AUGGCACCCGGCUGCAAAACUGAGUUACGCAGUGUGACAAACUAUCAGCCUAACCAGCCCAGUAAUGAAGGUGAUGCCAUCAAAGUUUUUGUGCGAAUUCGUCCACCUGCAGAGGGUUCUGGGUCAGCUGAUGGCGAGCAAAGCUUAUGCUUGUCUGUGCUGUCCUCCGUGAGUCUCCGGCUGCACUCCAAUCCUGAGCCCAAGAUCUUCACGUUUGAUCAUGUUGCAAACAUGGACACCACUCAGGAGUCUGUAUUCUCAACUGUGGCUAAGAACAUCGUGGAAUCUUGCAUGAGCGGUUAUAAUGGUACCAUCUUUGCAUAUGGACAAACUGGCUCAGGGAAGACAUUUACUAUGAUGGGACCAUCUGAAUCGGAUAAUUUUUCUCAUAAUCUGAGAGGAGUAAUCCCACGAAGUUUUGAAUAUUUGUUUUCCUUAAUUGAUCGUGAAAAAGAGAAGGCUGGAGCUGGGAAGAGUUUCCUUUGUAAGUGUUCUUUUAUUGAAAUCUACAACGAGCAGAUAUUCGACUUACUGGACUCUGCAUCAGCUGGACUGUACUUAAGGGAACAUAUCAAGAAAGGAGUCUUUGUCGUUGGUGCAGUGGAGCAGGUGGUAACCUCAGCUGCCGAAGCCUAUCAGGUAUUGUCUGGAGGAUGGAGGAACAGACGUGUGGCAUCAACAUCAAUGAACAGAGAAUCCUCUAGGUCUCAUGCAGUCUUUACAAUUACAAUCGAAUCAAUGGAGAAAAGCAAUGAGACUGUGAAUAUACGGACCUCCCUACUCAACCUGGUGGAUUUAGCAGGAUCUGAAAGACAAAAAGAUACCCAUGCAGAAGGGGUGAGGUUGAAGGAAGCAGGUAACAUAAACCGAUCAUUGAGCUGCCUGGGCCAAGUGAUUACUGCACUUGUCGAUGUGGGUAAUGGAAAACAGAGACAUGUUUGCUACAGAGACUCCAAACUUACCUUCUUACUACGGGCAGUGGUAAAUGAAGACACCCAAGGAAAUGUGAGCCAGCUGCAAGCUGAAGUGAAGAGGCUCAAAGAACAACUGUCCCAGCUUACUUCAGGGCAGAUACUACCGGAAAGCUUUCUGACCACAGACAAAGAGAAGACUGAUUACGUGAAGUAUUUCCAAGAGGCAAUGUUGUUCUUUAAGAACUCUGAACAGGAAAAGAAGUCUCUAAUAGAAAAAAUUACCCAAUUAGAAGACCUCAACCUCAAAAAGGAAAAAUUUAUUCAAUCUAAUAAAAUGAUUGUGAAAUUCCGAGAGGAUCAAAUAAUACGCCUGGAGAAGCUCCACAAGGAAUCCCGGGGAAGUUUUCUGCCUGAGGAACAGGAUCGUUUGCUCUCAGAAUUAAGGGACGAGAUUCAAACUCUGCGAGAACAAAUAGAGCACCACCCCAGAGUUGCAAAGUAUGCUAUGGAAAAUCAUUCCCUUAGGGAGGAGAAUAGAAGACUUCGAUUAUUAGAGCCCGUGAAAAGAGCCCAAGAAAUGGAUGCCCAGACCAUUGCAAAACUAGAAAAAGCUUACUUAGAAGUGUGUGGCACAGAGAAAAAUGAUAAAAGUCAACAAGGAUUUUCUCCUAAAGCUCAGAAAGAGCCAUGUUCAUUCACAAACACUGAGAAGUUAAAAGCACAACUCCUGCAACUUCAGACAGAGGUGAAUAAUUCAAAGCAAGAAUAUGAAGAAUUCAAAGAACUUACUAGGAAAAGGCAGCUAGAAUUGGAAUCGGAGCUUCAGUCUUUGCAAAAAGCAAACCUUAAUCUUGAAAACCUUUUGGAAGCAACAAAAGCCUGCAAGCGGCAAGAAGUUUCUCAGCUGAAUAAAAUUCAUGCUGAAACACUUAAGAUUAUAACUACACCAACCAAGGCUUAUCAACUUCGUUCUCGACUAGUACCAAAAUUAAGCCCUGAAACGGGGAGCUUUGGCUCUCUACAUACUCAGAAUUCUAGCUUAUUAGAUAAUGAUAUAUUAAAUGAGCCAGUUCCACCUGAGAUGAAUGAACAAGCUUUUGAGGCCAUUUCCGAAGAGCUUAGAACACUGCAGGAACAAAUGAGUGCUCUUCAAGUUAAGUUGGAUGAAGAAGAGCACAAAAACCUGAAGCUUCAGCAGCAUGUUGACAAACUGGAACAUCAUUCUACCCAAGUGCAGGAGCUUUUCGCAUCAGAAAGAACUGAUUGGACCAAACAACAGCAAGAGCUUCUCUCACAGUUGAAUAUCCUUGAAAAGCAGCUUCGAGACACUGAAACUAAGAAUGACUGUAAGUUUAAACAAUUAGGAGCUUUAUUAGAAAAUGAAAAGCUGCUUGAGGGGAAAGCCUGCCUACAGGAUUCCUAUGACAACUUACAAGAAGUAAUGAAGUUUGAAAUUGACCAACUUUCAAAAAACCUCCAAAACUGCAAAAAAGAAAAUGAAACUCUGAAAUCUGAUCUGAAUAAUUUGAUGGAGCUUUUUGAAGCAGAAAAAGAACGCAAUAACAAAUUAUCAUUACAGUUUGAAGAAGAUAAAGAAAAUAGUUCUAAAGAAAUCUUAAAAGUUCUUGAGGCUGUACGUCAGGAGAAAAAGAAGGAGAUGGCCAAGUGUGAGCAGCAGAUGGCAAAAGUACAGAAACUAGAAGAGAGCUUGCUUGCUACUGAAAAAGUGAUCAGUUCUCUGGAAAAGUCUAGAGAUUCUAACAAGGAAGUUGUGACCGACCUUAUGAAUCAGAUCCAGGAGCUAAGAACAUCAGUCUGUGAGAAAAUGGAAACUAUUGACACCCUAAAGCAAGAACUAAAGGACAUAAAUUGCAAAUACAACUCUGCUUUGGUUGACAAAGAAGAGAGCAAAGCAUUGAUCAAGAGGCAGGAAGCGGAUAUUCUGGAUCUGAAAGAAACCCUUAGGCUAAGAAUACUCUCUGAGGAUAUAGAGAGAGAUAUGCUCUGUGAGGACCUGGCUCAUGCCACUGAGCAGCUGAACAUGCUUACAGAGGCCUCAAAAAAACACUCAGGACUAUUGCAGUCUGCCCAGGAAGAACUGACCAAGAAGGAGGCCCUGAUCCAAGAACUUCAGGACAAGCUAAACCAAAAGAAGGAGGAAGUAGAACAGAAGAAGAAUGAAUAUAACUUCAAAAUGAGACAGCUGGAGCAUGUGAUGGAUUCUGCAGCUGAAGCUCCCCAGAGUCCUAAAACACCACCUCAUUUUCCAACACAUUUGGCAAAACUUCUGGAAACACAAGAACAAGAGAUAGAAGAUGGAAGAGCCUCUAAGACUUCUUUGCAACACCUUGUAACAAUGCUAAAUGAAGACAGAGAAGUCAAAAAUUCUGAAAUCCUCAGAAUGAAGGAGCAGUUGUGUGAAAUGGAAAACCUACGCCUGGAAUCUCAGCAGUUAAGAGAGAAAAACUGGCUCCUGCAAGGUCAGCUGGAUGAUAUUAAAAGACAAAAGGACAAUAGUGAUCAGAAUCUUCCAGACAAUCAGCAGCUGAAGAAUGAACAAGAAGAAGAGAUUAUCAAAGACAGACUUGCUAAAAGUAAAAUAGUUGAAGAAAUGCUGAAAAUGAAAGCAGACCUGGAAGAAGUCCAAAGUGCCCUUCACAACAGAGAGACGGACUGCCUUAGAAUGGCUGAGGAAGUUGAAAGAACCAGAACUUUGGAGUCUAAAGCUUUCAAGGAAAAGGAACAACUGAGAUCAAAGCUGGAAGAAAUGUAUGAAGAAAAGGAGAGAACAUUCCAGGAGUUGGAAAUGUUAAGGAAGCAGGUGGAGUAUCUCGCUGAGGAAAAUGGAAAGUUGGUAGGUCACCAAAACCUACAUCAGAAGAUUCAGUAUGUAGUGCGGCUAAAGAAGGAAAAUGUCAGACUUGCUGAGGAGACAGAGAAAUUGCGUGCUGAAAAUGUAUUUUUAAAAGAGAAGAAAAAGAAUGAAUCAUAA